UAAUUCUGUCUCGCUCUCUUUCUCUUUUUCUUUUUUUAUCUUUUCCAAAAUAUACCAACCACGCCAGAUGACAAACACGGACAAAGUACAAGAGUCAACUCCCGAGUCAUUAACCGUGAUGACCGAUUCCGAGCAAUGUAAACCCACCGACAGCCCUGCUAUUCUCACUGCCCUCAACGAAGAAGAGCAACAACAGGACGCGGUAGAUGAAAUCACGAAGGACAAGUCAGCACAAGAUUUAUCUCAGGUGAUAACUGCCCUUCAAGAAGAGACCCAAGCACCCAGCCAAGUGAACGGGGAUUCCCAAGAGGCAGUGGACCUUACUGCUCCAAGUGAACCAGACUCUCCUCGUCCCAAACCAUCCUCUCUUUUGUUCGAGAACAUCAAAACUUCCAUUGAUGUACCUGAAGGUCAAAAUAUGGCAGAUUUCGUUACCCCGCCUACGCCUGGUGUUGCCCCUCCUUCCUUUUUGGCUUCUGACAAUGAAGAGGAAGAGACAGGAAAGAAUUCAGCAGAGAUUCCUCAGGUCUCAGAACCUGCUCCUGCUGUGACAACAGAUAACGGAGCUGCUAUCGAUGAUACAGAUGUGGCUUUUGCCACCGCCGCUGCUGCUGCUGCUUCUGCUGCUGCUGCAAACACAGAAGGUACAGCAGCUGCGCCCGUUCUUCCUUCCAAUUCCAACACAAUAUCUGUAUUCAACAUUGAUUUCGAAAAUGUCAGACCCAACUUUUUAUCCCCCAGAGCACAAGAAAAAUACGAUGAAGAUAUGAAGGCUGGUAUGGAUCAUUUCUUUAACAACAAGUUUUCUCAAGCCAAAACCAUAUUUGAGAAAAGAGCCAAAGAUGAUCCAUUGUAUUCAUUAGGACUUUCAUCCAUGUCAUUUAUUAAAGCAAUUACCUCUUAUAACCCCAAGGAUGUCGAGGGAGCAUUAUCUCAAUUAACAGAAACUUAUUUAUUCGCCAAUGCACAAGUGGAUAUUGCCGCCGCUAAUAAACCUAUCGGAGAUGCUAUUUCGCAUUAUUUCACCAACCUGAUUGGAUCCAACUCAACACAUCUCCCUACCAAAACUCGACCUUUAACCAAAUAUGAACGUCAAGAACAAACUUUUUUCCCCAAUGGUAGUCUUCGUGCCCAUGUGAUUAAAGCUGAAUGUGGCUUACUCAUGGCCAUCAUCUAUCUCUCCAUGGAAACCAUGGUGGGAUAUCUCAAGGCUGGAUUAAAUCUUCGUCGAGCAUACAACAGUUACAGUCUUGUUUGGCAGGAAUAUAAACGUAUGGGUCAAGAUUUUAAUAAAUACAUGGAUAGAGAUACGAUUUCUGCAAUUCAAUUUGGUAUUGGUUCCGUUCAUCUCUUGCUUUCUUCUUUACCCCCCAAGAUUCUAAAGAUUGUAUCCGCAUUUGGUUGGUCCGCUGAUAAACAUCUUGGUUUUGCCUUGUUGAAAUUAUGUUUGGAAGGCAAACGUAUCCGAUCUCCUCUCGCCUCUUUAAUGUUGUUAUCUUAUUAUGUCACACUUGCUUCAUAUGCACCUCAAGUCCUCACGCGUGAAUUAAUUCAGCCCGCCAUCGAAUGUUUAUUAGACGCACAACAGACCUAUCCUAACUCAGCCUUCUUUUUAUACUUUGCAGGCCGUGUAUCUCGAUUAGCACGCAACUUGCCACUUUCCACACAAUCUUUUGUCUAUACCUUUGAAGUCAGUCAAGGUGAUUGGGCAGAAACUACGAUUGGCAACCUCGCCACCUUUGAAAUCGCCUUCAAUUCAGCCAUGGGACUGGACUGGACUAGUGCCGCUGUCCGUGCGCUUGAAUUACAAACCAAGUACAACUCACCCGCCUUCCUCAAAUACUUUUACGGUGCCUGUAUGGAAAUGAUGGGUAAUCGAACCGAAGCCAUUUUAUCGUUUGCAGAAGCACCUGGAUUGGUGGACCGUAAACGUAACUCUCAACCCGAAUUGUUUGUAGCCAACCGUGUCGCCUUUUUCGAAAUCAGUGGCUAUCAAGAUUUGGACUUUAGUUUGCCCGCAUUGGAAAUCUUGUUCACUUGGAACGCUUUCCCCUGUAUGGCACCGGAAGCCCUGGAGAAAUGUCUCGAGUUGAUCGAACAUACUUUGGAAUUGAUCUAUGAACGUGAAAAGUUAGAGUAUGAUAUUCGUACCGUUGAGUUGGUCCCUGUGACAGCUACACCGGAUUACUAUGAUCAACGCGGUACACUUUUAUUAAUGAAGGCGUCCAUCUAUAAUGCUCUUAAUCGAUACACCGAAGGUAUUGUGCAUAUCAACUGGAUCAUUGAUAACAAGGAAAAGUUCAAGCAUUCCAAUUGGAUUGUUCCUUUUGCUUAUUGGGAAUCCGGUAAUAUCUGUUGGGGAACAGAGGAGUUCAAGAGAGCAAGAGCUCUUUGGGAAUCCACCUUGACUUAUUCUGGCUUUGAUUUCGAAUACAGACUGGCUACCCGUUUGAACUUGGCGAUUCAACAUGCGAUUGAUUUAGGUGUCCCUGAAACAGUAGUGCCUAAAGUAGAUAAGGGAAAAACUACACAUGGCCGCAAGAGAAUGUCUAUCGUUCCUUCAAAAUCCACAGGAAGUAUCAUUACUUCAUAAAACUCUUUUCAUUGUAAUUUCUACUUUUAUCACCUUUUUAAUAAUAUUUACCACACACAUAUACGUCUUUUUUCAAUAAAAGUUAUAAUCUUUUUCUUUUUAUGGAUCAA